AUGAGGCACACACCUGGCCUCCUGGCGCCCCUGCUGGGCCUGGGCCUGGGGCUGGCCCUGAGUCUACCAGGGGCAGCAGCUGCAGACUGUGGGCCCUUCGGACCAGCUGAGCGCCUGGCAUUCACCCCGGUGGCCAGAGCCCGGUGGCUGGCCCCUCGUGUCCGUGCCCCAGGGCCCCUGGACCCCCUCUAUGGCACCGUGCACCGCUUCCUCUCUGUCGUGCAGCCCAAUCCCUUCCCUUCAGAGCUGGUGAAGGUCCUGCUGAAUGAGCCGGCCUCCGUGAAGGUGGAUGAGGUGGUGCGGUACGAGGCGGGCUACGUGCUGUGUGCUGUGAUCGCUGGCUUCUACCUCCUGGCAGUGCCCACUGCUGGGCUCUGUUUCUGUUGUUGCCGCUGCCGCCGGCGCUGUGGGGGCCGCGUGAAGACAGAGCACAAGGCGAUGGCCUGUAAGCGAGGCACCCUCAUGGCCUUCCUGCUGCUGACCACCCUCGUGCUGCUGGUUGGCGUCGUCUGUGCCUUUGUCACCAACCAGCACAUGCACCAGCAGACGGGCCCCAGUGUCCAGGCUGUGCCUGAGACCCUGCUCAGCCUCCGGGGCCUGGUCUCCGAUGUCCCCCAGGAGCUGCAGGCCGUGGCACGGCAGUUCUCCCUGCCCCAGGAGCGAGUCUCGGAGGAGCUGGAUGGUGUUGGCAUGAGCAUCGGGAGCACGAUCCACACCCAGCUCAGGAGCACCGUGUACCCGCUGCUGGCCUCAGUGCACAGCCUGGGCCAGGCCCUGCAGGUCUCCGUGGACCACCUCCGAGCCCUCAAUGACACCACUGUAGAGCUGUGGGCGGUGCAGCAAGACCUGGAGCCCGCUGUCCGUGAGCGCAGGGAACGCCUCCUCGUCCUGCUGCAGGAGCCCACGUGCCAGGGGGACUGUGCAGGGGCCCUGAGCCGUGUCCACGCCCUAGAGCUGGGUGCUGACUUCAGCCAGGUGCCCUCUGUGGACGAUGUCCUGCAUCGGCUGAAGGGUGUCCCAGAGGCCAACUUCUCCAGCAUGGUCCAGGAGGAGAACAGCACCUUCAAUGCCCUCCCGGUUCUGGCUGCCAUGCAGAUGGCCAACAUGGUCACAGAGCUGAAGAAGGCAGUGGCCCAGCAGCCUGAAGGGGUGAGGACACUGGCUGGAGGGUUCCCGGGCUCGGAGGCAGCUUCCCGCUGGAGCCAGGCACUGGAGGAGUUGGAACAGAGCAGCCGCCCCUACCUGCAGGAGGUGCAGCGAUAUGAGACAUACAGGUGGAUCGUGGGCUGUGUGCUGUGUUCCAUAGUCCUGCUUGUGGUGGUCUGUAACCUGCUGGGCCUCAACCUGGGCAUCUGGGGGCUAUCUACCAGGGAGGACCCCAGCCACUUGGAAGCCAAGGGCGAGGCUGGAGCACGCUUCCUCAUGGCAGGUGUGGGCUUCAGCUUCCUCUUCGCUGCCCCACUCAUCCUGCUCGUCUUUGCCACCUUCUUGGUGGGUGGCAACAUGCAGACGCUGGUGUGCCGUAGCUGGCAGAGUGGAGAGCUCUAUGAGUUUGCAGAUACCCCAGGGAACUUGCCCCCAUCUAUGAACCUGUCCCACCUUCUUGGUCUGAAGAAAAACAUCAGCAUCCACCUGGCCUAUCAGCAGUGCAAGGAAGGGGCUGCCCUCUGGAGAGUCCUACAGCUCAAUGACUCCUACGACCUGGAGAAGCACCUGGAUAUCAGCCAGUACACCGACAAGCUGCAGCAGGAGCUGGGGAGCCUCAAGAUGGACAUGCAGAACCUGGACCUGCUGAGCCCAGCCGCCCACCAGGACCUGGAGGCCCUGCAGAGCAGUGGGCUGGAGCACGUCCGCUACCCCGACUUCCUCGCUCAGAUCCAGAAGCCGGUGGUGAAGACUGACUUGGAGCAGCUGGCUCAGCAACUGCAAGGGCUGGCCCAGGCCCAGAGCAAUCCUGUGCUGGGGCAGCAGCUGCAGGAGGAGGCCCACAGGCUCAGAAACCUCCACCAGGAGAAGGUCGUCCCCCAGCAGAGCCUCGUGGCGAAGCUCAACCUCAGUGUCAGGGCCCUGGAGUCCUCUGCCCCAGCUCUCCAGCUGGAGACCUCAGAUAUCCUAGGCAAUGUCACUUACCUAAAAGGAGAGCUGCCUGCCUGGGCCACCCAGAUCCUGAGGAAUAUGAGUGAGUGUUUCCUGACCCGGGAGAUGGGCUACUUCUCCCAGUACGUGGCCUGGGUGAGAGAGGAGGUCACCGAGCGCAUCGCCACCUGCCAGCCCCUCUCCGGAGCCCUGGACAAUAGCCGUGUGAUCCUGUGUGACAUGAUGGCUGACCCCUGGAAUGCCUUCUGGUUCUGCCUGGCGUGGUGCACCUUCUUCCUGAUCCCCAGCAUCAUCUUUGCUGUCAAGACUGCCAAAUACUUUCGUCCCAUCCGGAAACGCCUCAGCUCCACCAGCUCUGAGGAGACUCAGCUCUUCCACAUCCCCCGGGUCACCUCCCUGCAGCUGUAG